AUGGGCAACAUUUGUGUGAGGUUCUUGACGUACUUGAAGCCCUGUCUCCCAUGCCUGUUCCAGGAGGCCGACAAGCCGGUGGUGAUUGAGAACCCAGUGGCCCGCUGCUCCCCUGAUGCUUGCAGGUCACAGAGUCAGGAGCUCAGGAGAAGCCGUGGUCACCUCUUUGUGGCUCUAUUUGAUUACCAGGCUCGGACUGCAGAGGACCUGAGCUUCCUCGCGGGUGACAAGCUCCAAGUCCUGGACACUUCCCAGGAGGGCUGGUGGUUCGCCAGGCACUUGGAGAAAAGGGUAGAUAGCUCUGGGCAGCUGCUGCAGGGCUAUAUUCCUUCUAACUAUGUGGCUGAGGACAGGAGCCUGCAGGCAGAGCUGUGGUUCUUUGGAGCAGUCAAGAGAACAGAUGCAGAAAAACAACUAUUAUAUUCAGAAAACCAGACUGGUGCCUUUCUAAUCAGAGAGAGUGAAAGCCAGAAAGGAGAUUUCGCCCUUUCAGUUUUAGAUGAAGGGAUUGUGAAACACUACAGGAUCAGAAGACUGGAUGAAGGGGGGUUUUUCCUUACCCAGAGAAGAAUCUUUUCAACACUGAAUGAAUUUGUGAGCCAUUACACCAAGACAAGGGAUGGCCUGUGUGUUCAGCUGGGAAAACCAUGCUUAAAGGUACAAGUACCAGCACCUUUUGAUUUGUCUUACAAAACCGUGGACCAGUGGGAGAUAGACCGCAACUCCAUACAGCUUCUGAAGCGAUUAGGAUCUGGUCAGUUUGGUGAAGUAUGGGAAGGCCUAUGGAACAACACCACUCCAGUAGCAGUAAAAACAUUAAAACCAGGUUCAAUGGAUCCAAAUGACUUCCUGAGGGAGGCACAGAUAAUGAAGAACCUAAGACAUCCAAAGCUUAUCCAGCUUUAUGCUGUUUGCACUUUAGAAGAUCCAAUUUAUAUUAUUACAGAGUUGAUGAGACAUGGAAGUCUGCAAGAAUAUCUCCAAAAUGAUGCUGGAACAAAAAUCCACCUGACCCAGCAGGUAGACAUGGCAGCACAGGUUGCCUCUGGAAUGGCUUAUUUGGAGUCCCAGAACUACAUCCAUAGAGAUCUGGCUGCCAGAAAUGUCCUUGUUGGUGAACAUAAUAUCUACAAAGUUGCAGAUUUUGGACUUGCAAGGGUUUUUAAGGUAGAUAAUGAAGACAUCUAUGAAUCCAAACACGAAGUAAAGCUGCCAGUGAAGUGGACUGCACCUGAAGCCAUUCGUGCUAAUAUAUUCAGCAUUAAGUCCGAUGUGUGGUCAUUUGGAAUCCUUCUUUAUGAAAUCAUUACUUAUGGCAAAAUACCUUAUAGUGGCAUGACAGGUGCUCAGGUAAUCCAGUUGUUGGGUCAAAACUACAGACUCCCUCAACCACCUAACUGUCCACAAGAAUUCUACAGCAUCAUGUUGGAAUGCUGGAAUGGAGAGCCUAAAGAACGGCCAACCUUUGAGGCACUGCACUGGAAACUUGAAGACUAUUACGAAACAGUAUUUUCAUAUUCAGAGGCAAAUAACUUCAUAAGAUGA